AAAGACGGCAUGGUGGGAUUCCCCGACUUCAUCUACAAACACAUCGUCCCCGCCUGCUUCCUCGCUCCGCUCAAACCCAGCUUCGACCUCUCAGACGCUCAGACCGUUCUGACGCUGUCGGAGUGUGCGAUCACGCUGAAAACUAUUCAUCUCAAACGGGGUCCGGAGUUCAUCCAGUUUCUGCAGCAGGAGUAUCUUCCCUCUCUGCAGGUCGCUCCGGAGAUCUCUCAGGAGCUCUGUCAGGUUCUUCAGCAGCCGGACGUGAAAGUCCUGAAAAACUACAUAAAGGCGUUCUUCCAGCGGGCGAAACUGUAGGAAAUAAAAAACUGGAAGUUCUCUUUGAAAAAGGACUCGAGACAGGAAGCGGUCGAACGCGCCGCGCACUACCAAAAUAAAAGACCUUAGCAUAGGAGCUGCUUUUGCACUUAAACGUGGCUCGAAGGACGGAAGAAUCCUCCGAAGACGAGCUGUCCACGACUAACGAGACGAUUAACCAGGGACGAUAACGAGGAGUUAACGAGGUGAUAACGAGGAGUUAACGAGGUGAUAACGAGGAGGAGAUAACGAGGAGGAGAUAACGAGGAGUUAACGAGGGACGAUGAUGGGACGUUUGACAGGAAACAGAUCUUUGGAGGACGCAAAAGAACGGAAAAGUUUUGGUAAAAAUCGUGAAAGAAGCUUCACUGUAAACCCUCACGUUAGAGAAAGUAAAUCAGAUGUGGAGCCGCGGGGUGGAGGAACGUUCUGAGGAGGAAGGAGGAGACAUUCAAGCGGAGAUUUUAGGAGAAAAAUGCGUGAAUUCUCUGAGAUUUAAAUUGCUGAAUUUACAAGAUUAUUAUUAUUAUUUGACGUAAACAAGAUGAAAUUUUGUAAAAUAAAAUGUACGAAUUAAGAAGAAAAUGUAUUUGAUUUACCAGAAUUUUUGGGGGAAAUUGAGUUGAAAUUUAAUUUAGUAAAAAUAAAUAUUAAUUUGAGAAAAAAAUCUGAUUUAUUCUCCAAAAUAAUUCUUUAAUUAUUAAAAUAUUUUAAGAGAAAUGUGUCAAAUAUUGUCAAAGAAUUAAGUGUUGAAUUAACGAGGGAAAAAAAUGAAAUUUUCUUUAAAUAAUUUUGAUUUUCUUUUUUUUUCCCCACAAGUAAACCCUUUAAAUCUCAGAAAAAAUUCACUUAUUUUCUCCUACAUUUCCCGACUUUAAUCCUGAAGCUUUUCCAGAACAUUAUUCCCCUCUGGCUCCAUAUUUAAAUAUUUAACCUCCGAUGGCACUCAUUAGCCUCCAUAGCUGUUCAUCUGUGUGUUACAUAUUUAAUUAAAUCCUGAAACACCUGAAGCUUCUCUCCUUCUCGUUAGAAAUGUAAACACAGGUGCCGCUGCUGAACGGACAGAAUACAAAGGGCUGAAUUAUUUUAUUUUUAUGGCAUCCAUUUUGUUUUUUUAUGCGUCGAGGGAUGGAUUUUUAUUUAAGGUUUGAAGUGAAAACGCUCGCUCGGCAUCGUCUCAAUUUUAAAUAAAAACAUCCUGAAUUUAAAAGCCGAUAAACCACUCGUUACAGACGCAGAGACCCUCGUUACAGACGCAGAGACCCUCGUUACAGACGAACACAAUGUAAAUAAGAGAAUAAGAUGAUUAAAACAAAUGUAAAUAAAGUUUUUCUUUUUCUUUUAACCUUCAAUUUCACCUGGAAACGAAGUAUGGAAGCUCAUUCGUGCCAAGAAAAUAAAAAAAGAUAAAUAUUUAAAUUUAUAUUUUUGGGUUUUUUCUCAUAAUCUUUCUCCUAAUUUUGAUUAUUAUUAAUUAAUUAAAUAACUCCUUUAUAAUAAAUAUUUGUAUUUAUUUUGAUUUUUACUAACAAUCAGAUUCCACUUUAAUAAUCUUGUAAUUUUUAUAAAAGAAAGGCACAUUGUGACUUUAUCUUAUUAUUUGGAUUCAGAGUGAAAGUUAAACUCACUUAAAUAACAUAACAAAUAUAAUUUUGAAUAAUAAAACUCACAAUUCUGACUUAAACAUUUCAAAAAAUCAGAUUUCUUAAAUGUUAUCCUUUUGUUUUAUUGGCACUAAAGAGCUUCCAUAGGGUCCCAUGAACUGUACAGAAGGAGAAGCUCCAAUUAGUUUUAUACUCAAUUAUGCAAACGCUUCAAUUCAAACUGUGAAGAUCUGGAGAGAGAAAAAACAAUCAAAAACUGAAGGAAACAUGUUGAAUUUUCUGCUUUAAAGUUUGGGAUUUUGCGACGUCGUGCUUUGAUGUUUCUUUGAUUGAUUCCUGUUUUUAGUUUUAGCUUUAAAAAUUAUUAUUUUCCCAUAAAAGUGAAGCACGAAAACUCCCGGAGAAAGUGCCUAAAAAUUGACCAAAAUUAGAAACAGUCGUGCAUUUAAUUAAAGCUAGUUUUUAUUUUUGUGUCAACAAAUUAUAAUUUCAAAAAAAUCCCAAAACAGGAGAAAAACCCUCAAGAAUUAACAAGAUCAAAAAAUAGAUAGAUUUAAUUAUAAUUUAGCGAGACGUUCUGCAUUUUGUUGAGAAAAUAUUUUUUAAAUAUUAUUUUUCUUGAGAUUUGUUGACAAGAAGAAAGUAGAUUAUUAAAUGCCUUCAAAUAAUUCUAAAUAAAACAACAAUUCAGUCAAAAUGCAAAAUAAAUCUGAAUAAAAUACUGAACAAUUUACCACAGCGACAUCACUACUACACUCGCGCUCCUAUUGGCUAUCGCUCCAACACAUUGCACGUGAUAGGUUAAGGGGCGGGACAUCUCUAAGCGGUUGACCAAUCACAGCAGCACUACUUUGAGAAAUACUCAUUUAUGAAGUUGUUUGACAAAAGGAGAAUUCAUUAAAGGUGAAUUUUAGGAAUAAAAACUCGUAAAGGGAUUUUUUUUUAUUACAAAACUCUUGUCUUAUUUUAGCUUUUUCUGUCAAUUGUUACAAAGUUAUACAAUAACAAACUACAGAUCUUUGAGGGGGAAAAGUAGAGAAAUAUUCACAUUUUAGUCGAUUUUUUUCACACAGUCCUA